AUGGGCUCACCAUUACCACCCGAUCCCUAUGCCGCCCUCGGCCUCUCCAAAGAUGCCGACUCCACCGCCAUCAAGACGGCCUACCGCAAGCUGGUCCUGAAGACACAUCCAGACAAGUUCCCCGACCCGACGCAGAAGGCCGAGAAGAGCGCCGAGUUCCACAAGAUCCAGCAAGCCUACGAAAUCCUCGGUGACGACGACAAGCGGGAACGCUACAAUGCCCAAGUUCGCCUCGCCGAGCUUCGGAAGGAGGCCAUGGAGAGGCAGCACGCACGAGGCGCUGCCAAGGCCGAGACGAGUCGCCCUUCUCCCGCUGCCAACUACGAUGUCAGAACGCCAUCCGGCUCGACCGCCUACCCGCCCCGCGGCCCCUCGUCGAGAGCCUACGAGGAGCCGAGACCGCGCGAGUACUAUGAUGAGGAGGACCGCUACGACGAGCCCCGCCCUAAGCCACGGAGUGCGAAGCACUCGUAUGGCUAUACCACCCGCGGCCGGGAAGAGACGUCGUCGUCGCGUCGUACUAGUUUCGUCAACGUCUUCGUGCCCACCAGCAGUAGAGGUGACCGGGCCAAGACCCGGGAUCAGACGAAGAGGAGGGAUCGUGAGGAGAAGAAGUUCGUACCCGUCUACAAUGACAGCGAUUCGGACGAGCGCUAUCGCCAAGAGGAAAGGCGGAAAAGAGAGUUUCGGCGCCAGGCAGAGGAAGAGGAGGACCGGAAAGAGCGUGAAAAGGAGGCGUUUAGAAGAAAGGCCGAGGCUGCCGCGGCUGCCGCUCGACGGGAGGAGGAACAGAGAGAACGGGAACGCGCUACUCGUGGCCGAGAAAGCUCUCGUAGGCCAUCAAGUCGUCGGCCUGACGUCGACAGAGGUUAUGAAAAGUACCUGGAUCAAGGCGCGGCGGCCAAAGAGUACAUUUCAAAACAUCGCGCUACGUCUGUUCCGGCGGAGGAGCCGCCUGUCCGCUCUUCGGCGAGCCGAUCGACCAAGUAUGCUCAGGUCCGGCCGAAGGAGAAGAGUUCGUCCAAGCGAUCGGCUUCUAGAGAACCGUGGAUACUUUCAGGCUUCAGACACGGACAAGGCAGUCGGGACAAGUCGCGAAAGCCGGCGAGAGCCGCCGAAGCGGAGUACGAUGAGGAUUCGAGAAGACCUACACUUGAAAAGGCCGAAUCUUCGCCGGCAGCCAUGAAACAGGCGAUGCGCGCUGCUGAGGUUCAGCGAUCCGCAACCAUUGACUCGUACGACAGCCGCAGGGACAGAGAAGAGACUCAAGCACCGCCCAAGAUGCGCCGGGCUGAGACAAUGCCAGCCCAGAAGGCCUCGCGCCAGGAGGAGAAGUCUAAGGCCAACACAUCAAAGCCGCUGCGUACUGAGGUGCACAGGCACAACAUGAACGAUUCUGGUUACUCAUCGCCCAGCACCCCUUCCAUCUCAGACAAGGAGAAAGAAAAGGAAAGCAGGAAUGUGCCUACAGCCCGAACGACGACGACUAGAACCGCAUACCGGUACGGCGCUGAAGGCGGUGUCGCAAUGACCACAGACGACGACUUCUACAACACCGUCACUGUUGAGCCGACAAGCAGUAGCGAGCGCAUUCCUCGCCAACCCGUCAGUCGCUCUCCAAUCCGGGAACGGCACCCCGACCGCGACAGCGACGACAGCGGCCGCGAGAGAAUGCCGAGCGCGCGCACCAUGCAGGCGGAGAAGACAGCUCGCUACACGUAUCCCAUGGACUCGGAGGCGCGCCGGCCGCACAUGGCACGCGCAUCGACAAAUCAAGUCCCAUCCGGUCGAUCGCCCAAGAAAGAUCCCUACGAGCGCGGUCGCACUUACGUCGUCUCUCCCGAUCAUGUGCGUGGACAAUCGCAUGACGAUCGCGGCUACGACCGAGCCUAUUUUGGCGAGAUCCCGAAGCAUGCUGGAACGCCGUUGCGCCGCGAAGAAAUGCCCACGGGUCGUCCGCCGCUGAGGCGUAACGACAGCUACACGCCGCCAGACGUCCAGUACAGCCGUAAAUUUUCCGAGGCAGAUGUUCGAUAUGCUCCGAGGGGUCGGGAGAGGAGUGCUUAUGCCUUUGAGGAUGUACAAUUGCCCCGGCCUCCCAUGGGCGCUCGUGGUCAGACAGUCAUGUAA